AUAACUAAGUGCCAAGUCAACCAAUUCCAUCAUUAUAAAGUGGUAGUCAGAAAAACAAGUUCAAUCGAGCUGCUAGUGUCUUAAAAUAAAAUGUAAAAGAACUACAAAUUUCAGUCAUUCUACAAUUACUUUCUUAGUUAUUAGUUCAUCUAACAAUGAGAAUCCAUUUAAGUUUAGUAAAUAGGAAGUGCCUAACGAUAUUUUUAGUGCUUUUAUUUUUAAAUUAUUCAGAUUGUCAAGAAGAUGAAGAUGGUCCGUACAGAGGGAAAUUAAUAGGAAAAUUUAAUUCUUAUCAUCAUCAAGUUGGUGGUGAUGUAUAUGCUGUUGAUGCUACAACUUUUCUAAUUGUCAAUUUUAAUUAUGAUGGAAAUGGAAUUGACACAUUCUUUUGGUCUGGUGCCUCAAAUCGACCUGGUCCACAAGGUUUUAUUGUGCCUAAUGAGUUUGGAAAAACAAACAUCCUAGAACGUUACUUUAACAAAGAAUUCACAAUAAAGCUCCCAGACAACAAAGGAAUCACUGAAGUCAAAUGGCUUGCAAUCUACGAUCUUGGAGCUCAAAACACCUUCGGUGAUGUCUACAUACCUGAAGAGUUUGAUCCACCAUCUCCACAGAGAGUUGGAAGCUUCAGUAAAAUCAGCCAUAACGUGACAAGUGGAAGUGCUGAAGUUCUUGACUCUAAAACCAUUAAAAUCCCAAACUUUUCGUAUGACGGUCUUGGGAAAAAAGUUUAUUUUUGGGCUGGUGUUGGUGCUCAGCCAUCAAAUAAGGGAUUUAAAAUUCCUGAUGAAUUAGGAUAUUUGGAUCCAAUUCGUGCCUAUAAUGAAGAGACAAUCAUGCUUGAACUUCCUGGUGAGAAGACAGUCUUUGAAAUCGAUUGGAUAAGCAUAUUCGAUGUGGAAACGAAUGAAAACUUUGGAUCAAUAUUGAUCACCGCUGGUUUAAAUGUUCCUCCAUCUUUAACUAAAAUUAUACCACAUACAUUGGCAUUGCCAAACUGCAAGCAACUCCACAGAGAUCUCCAAGUUCAAUGGGAAGUUUUUGGACCAGCCAUUACAAUGGUUCUUAGUGGAAAAGUCGAUGAAGAUGACUACAUGGCUUUUGGAAUCUCUGGAUCGGACUCAAAAUCUCAAAUGCUUGGUGCUGAUGUUGCUGUGACUUACAUUGAUGGUCAUCUUGGAAAAACUAUUGAUUAUCGUGUUGAUGCAAUGUCAUCAUGUGUUCAAGUUUUAGGAGCCAACAAAGGAUUUUGUAAGGACUCUGAAGUUGGUGGACAGGAUAAUUUUCAAAUGCAUACAGCAAUGCGUGAAGAUGGAAUUAAUAAAAUCACAUUCAGAAGAUCCCUUAUUUCAUCUGACUCACUAGACAAAGAAUUUGUACUUGACAGGCCAAUUUACGUCAUUUGGGCUAUGGGAAAACUCGAUACGAAUAAAGAACCGUCAUUCCAUGCAGUAUAUCCAAAAGGAGAUCUUAUGAUUGCUUUCAACACUUCAGAACCGGUCAAUGACUGCUAUAGUUUUACGGAAGUUGUGCAAAAACCAGAAAUUGAACUUUGGGAUAGAGUUCAUAUUUUUGACAAGACAUUGAGAGUUUUUAAUGCAACUAUAGGACCAUCUGGUGGAUAUAAAGGAUAUUUAGGAAUCACUAAGCAUGUAUCGAAUAGCUUAGCAUGGUACAUCAAUGGCGUUUUAUCUCCUGAACUAUACAUGCGCCGUGGCCUCACUUAUGCAUUCAAAGUACGAGGUGGAAACAAUCCACACUCGACUGAACACUAUCAUCCAUUAAUCAUAACUGAUGAACCGAUAGGUGGCUUUGAUCGAUUGAGUGAUUCAAAUCAAAAAGAAGUUCGAGUAUUGGCAGGUGUUGAGUUCACCAGAAGAGGUCGACCGAAACCAACAGUUGCUGGUCCAUUGUGCCUUUUGAAAUAUCCACCAAAUUAUGACAGGCGAUUAGAUGAUAAUUUCCUGACUUAUACUAAAUUCCGAAAGAAUCUCAUUGCGGAUUGUGAAGGCGAUGAAGCAGCAACGAUGCAAAUUACUCCAAAUUCUUCUUGGCCUGAUAUAGUUUAUUAUAAUAGCUUCACACAGCGUAAUAUGGGUUGGAAAAUUCAUAUCGUUGAUAAUUACAUAAGACCAGGACUAAGUCAUUCGACCCCUUUGUAUACAAGCACAUCAACAGUUUUAAUAAUUUUAUGCUUAAUACUCAACACGAUUAGAUCAAAUUAAUAGACACUCUUAUUUAUUCCUAUUGUUCUACCAUCCAUCAGUCUCCAAAAAAAUGCUCUCAUAUUUGUGAUUAUUGUGACAUUUUGUUAAAAUGCAUUGAAAUUUCCAUCAGAAAUUCACACAAGUCAAUAAAACUUAAACUAAAAGAA